CCUGAGGGGGGGGGGUCCCGCUCCUGCAGCCCCGGCACCGGGGGCGGCCUCGCUCCGAGCCCCUCGGAGGGGUCCUCCCGCACCGAGCCCUUGAGGGGGGGAUUGCCUCGCUGCGUGCAUAACGGGGAGGAAAAAAAAAAAAAAAAAAAAAAAGAAAAAAAAGGGGGGGGUCUGCCCCGGGGGUGGCUGCGUGCCCAGCCCAGGGAGCCGCGGGGCACCGGAGGGGGGGUCCCGGGGGGGCUCAGCGCCCUGUGGGGUGCUCGCAGCCCGGCCCCCAGCCCCGGGGGGGGAGCACAGCGCCGGGGGGUGCCCGGCACCGACCCCCGGGGGGCUGCACCUCGUCCCCCCCCUCCCCAAAACCCACCGCCGGGGAGCAGCGCCCGGCUCCCGCCUGGUUUUGUGGUCGUGGAGGGGGAGGAAAAAUCCCGAACCAGCUGCGUAAAUGAGUAUGGAAGAUUAUGAUUUCCUCUUCAAAAUUGUUUUAAUCGGCAACGCCGGUGUGGGGAAGACCUGCUUGGUCCGACGCUUCACGCAGGGGCUUUUCCCACCAGGCCAAGGUGCCACGAUUGGAGUUGACUUUAUGAUUAAAACCGUGGAGAUAAACGGUGAAAAAGUAAAGCUGCAGAUCUGGGACACGGCAGGACAGGAGCGGUUCCGGUCCAUAACGCAGAGUUACUACCGCAGUGCCAACGCCUUGAUACUCACCUACGACAUCACCUGCGAAGAGUCCUUCCGAUGCCUCCCCGAGUGGCUGCGAGAAAUUGAGCAGUACGCCAGCAAUAAGGUCAUCACCGUGUUAGUGGGUAAUAAGAUUGAUUUAGCCGAUAAGAGGGAAGUCUCCCAGCAAAGAGCCGCAGAGUUCUCCGAAGCACAGGACAUGUACUAUCUGGAAACCUCAGCGAAAGAAUCGGAUAAUGUGGAAAAACUCUUCCUGGACUUAGCCUGCCGGCUGAUCAGUGAAGCACGGCAGAACACCCUUGUGAACAAUGUCUCAUCCCCCUUACCAGGAGAGGGGAAAAGUAUCAGCUAUUUGACUUGCUGUAAUUUUAAUUAAAGAGCUGGCAUGUGAUUCUCCAUCCGCCAUGGGCCCACAGGAUUUUUUGCCGGGAUUUAUCUCCUCGGAGGGAAUUCCUGCCACUUUGACCCAUCUGACUUCCCCUGAGUCAGGUUGCAGACCUAGAAGAAGCAUGGCAGGCUGACAGCUCCAGCUGCAUGGCAACGUAGCAGAAUAUAACAUGGUUUAAAUUUAAUUUUUUCUUGCAGUUUCUGGAGCGGGAAAGGAAAAAGGAGAGUUGGACAAGUGGUUCGUGUAAUGCAGAACAUGAGCGUUUCCUUCUGCAGGUGAUGAGAUCCACCUCUCUUGGAGAAGACACUGAAGAGUUCAAGAUCUCUCUUACAGAACAAUGUGUUUGGUCCUUUGUAAAAGAAAAAAACCAACACAGCACAAAAGUACUGAACUUGGACUACACUGGCAAUCAUCUAGACUGCCAGCCAAGUGAAUUCUUAGGAUGUGUACAUAGUGUCUGCCCACGUGUCUUCAUGGAGGACUGGUGUUUAAAAUAAUGUUACGUCUCUCAUCUAUAGGCACUUUCAUGAACAUGAAAUUAAAAAAAAAAAAAAAAGAGAAGUUAUAUCUCAACAUUUUCAGACAAGGAUUUGAGAAGACAUGGCUACAGCUCCGUUGCUUCCUUUGGUGCUAGCAGUUCAGCAAAUAUUCCAUAGACCAAGCGUAGUCUUACUACAUUGCUGUCCUCUGAAUGUGUAACUUAGACUGAUUAGGAAAAGAACGCUAAUGAGCACUGUUCAUUAAAAUCCCAUUACCUCUUUUUCUAGGCUUGAACAUAGUGAGAAAGGACUGUGCUUCUUCGAUAUCCAGCACAGGAUGAAAGGACUUCCCAGAAAUAAAAUAAAUAAAUAAAUAAGAAAAUGAACUGUCCCUCCUCUAAUUAGUAUUGUCCUAAAGUGAAAAAUUAGCCUUGGGAAAUGUUAUUGGUGGAAUUGAAAAAAUGCACCAGGCACGACCAAAAUCUUUUGUGUGCACUGAUUGUGCAUAAGGGUUCAAAGAGAGCACAGUUUUAAGUGGGAGCCUGCAAUAUGUCUGGGAUAAAAAUAAAGCUUGUAGAUACAGUUCCUGUUGAAAGGCAGGCAUACAAUUUUGUAGAGGUUUUUCUUUUUUUUUUUUCUUUUUUCUAACGUGAAGUGGAAAUAGCAGCAGGUUGCAGGUGGCAUCAUUUUGUGUAUGACCCAUCCAGCGAUCACCUUAUGGAACUGUUCUCUGAGGAGCUCUUGAAGGUAUCUUCUUGGCCUCUCUCCUCUCUGCUCGAGUAGCUUUCACAUUCAGGGCUGUAGAGUCAUUUAAUUUACUUGAUGCUUUGUACUCUUAAUCUCAGACUCCAGUGUAUGUGUAACUGAUAGGCAAUGUCUUUCUACAAAACCCCUGAAGUGGAAGCAUUAUGGAAUUUAUUAUUACACCUCUAGUGCCAUAUGCGAACAAUGCAUUGUAAAUUUACACACUGACAUUAAAGCAAAAUUGAAAGAUAGUGAAUGCAUUCAUGGAAAAUGAUUUUUAGAAGUUUGAGUUCAGUUUAGCUGAUCUGGAUAAAUCUCUCCUGGCAGUUACGUGGCUGUGGUAUGAUGUAAUUUAAAGUUAAUCACCUUAAUAUCAUUUGGUAUUUACUGAAGAUUAUAAUAGAACUUUUGUAUUGACAUAAAAGUUGCCAGUAAGUUCAUCCUGAAAACAAUAAUAAUAA